AUGAGAUCAUUGGAAAGUACAAGCGGUAUCCGGAGCCUUCGUAAGACCACAAUCAUCCCGGCUACUGCCGUUCAUUUCUCCUCAUCUACCAAAACCCAAAACAGGACGCGACCAUGGGUUCACGUCAAAAAAAGGCCAGCAGAGCCCCAAGUUCCCAGUAGAUGGAGACCUUUCGAGGUGCCAGAAGUGCUUCUGGACCUCGACAGCUGGGGCAGUAAUUACACGCGACCGUACGACGAGGCGGAACACAAAGCUCAGCGUGAAAAAUGGGCAUCCAACCCCCGAAGAGAAGCCACCUUUAAGCGCGUCACCAAGUUUGACAACGAUCUCAAGGAGGCAAAGUAUAGCAUAGCCAAGAUCAACCGAGACAAGUCUUGGCAGCCAUGGCGCGUCACGGAUCUAGAUGUCAUGUCUGCUGCUCUCAAGGGAACCCCAAAACACACAGAAUACGGUACAUCAAAUAUCAAAAGUGCUCAGCACAGUGUAAUUCAGAAAAACGGCAUUCCAGCAUCAGUCUUUCAAGAAGAUAAGCGGCUUUUAGAAUGGCUACUUCACCGAAGAUUCAGCACCCCUCAACGACAACCUAAUGGAACACAGCUCUCACAACGUCUAGAGCAACCAACCACCGUCGCAGACUUCCGCCGUUUAGUCUCAAGUCUAUUGCUGUCCACUGAAAGCACCAGGCUUCUUUUCAGUAACAAGGACAAGAUCGCAACACUCCUCUCGGAUAUGCUCGAGCGCCGCGUCGCGCAGUCUACCCUCUUGUUGCCCACUCUCAACAGCUUGCUUAUACAAUGUCAAAGCAAUGGCUAUACGCUUGGAGCACCACUUUGGAGUGUCUGUAUGAGAGUCUCAGCCCAAGCAUUCCGGCUCAGGGCAUUAAAGAUGUAUAUCGAUUAUGGUUUCGUUCAAGGUUACGGGCAUGAUGAUCUAGCGGCCACCAAGGAGGUGUUACGCCUUCUGAGCCGGCUCGUCCAAAGGUUAAGGGGACAUCUGCAGAAUAAACUGAAUGAUGAUCCUCGAAAGGCGCAUGAUAUUGAUGCUCAUCAGGACACAUUUGCUCAAUCAAUUAGCCGCUACUAUCCAGCGCCUAAACAGCUUCUCCUCCUCCUUCUCGGAGAGGGGAGUUCUAAGCCUUCCUUGAAAAAGGUCGUCGAGCAAAACUUUGCCGACAACGAGUUAACUCAUCUGUACCAACAACUGGUUGGCGAAAUCAAUCUCCUUCCAGAUGACGCAACAAGACACUCGGACGAAGGGACCAAGGAAACUUUCCAUGCAAUCUAA